AUGAUACAUUGGAAGGCUGGAACGUUCAAGUCACUCGAAAGUCUAACUGGCGACGAGUUUCAGGCAUCCUUCGUUGACGACGUCCUACGCACGCUCACGGAUAAACACAUUAUGCCCCUCCUCCAAGCCAUCUUCGGCGACCGAACUAACAACCCUCCUAUUGAUCUGGAACCUAUCCGUCCCGUCAUUCAAAUGGCUUACGAAUGGAACAAAGUAGUGAAGAGCGUAGUACCUCCAAUCGAUUUUCGUCCGUUCGUUUUUCCCAAUGCUGGUCACUUCAACGCGGAGGAUAUGGAUUAUUAUGAGAAACCUAUCAAGGCGGCUAGGACGAGGGUGAUCGUUUGCGCUGGGUCCAUUGGACUCAAGUUGCACGAUUCUGAAUGUCCGGAAGGACGCGUUUUGCAGAAGGUGAUGGUCUUGACGCCGCAAAAUUAUGGGGACAACUGA